AUGGAUUCAAAGAACAAGACACAGAGUUCGCUCUGUGCUGCUGAAAGAGAUGGGGCUGGAACCUGGCUGAUCCCUUCACCAGUGCUAAUGGCUGCUUCAGUGAUUCACAUCCCUAUGUUAUGUAGCAGUCCCGGCAAGGCAAGACAACAUGGGAAACAUGGGCAAAAAGGAAUGUGGAUGAAUUCAUCCUCACGUCCCUCAAGAAAGGCUUCUUGUGGAGAACUAGACCCGCUGGGUUUAAAUCUUUAUUACGGUUUGCAGUGGCAGAAAGUGGGCCUUCUAUGCCUGCAGAACCAAAGCGUUUCUCCCGCUUUUACCGGAGGAAUGGUCAUUCGACCAGACGAGAGCCAGUAACGUCUGUGACUAAAAGUGUUCCAACGUUUUUUUUAGCGGCAAAAAAAGAAAUGGAGUCUACUAGUGAGGAUGUAUGCUGAGUUACAACAUGGCUGAGUUACAACAUGGCUAAGAUAUUAAAUGUGUAGCUGUUGCGAGAAAUUUAAAGUGCCUGUCUUUGAGAUGCUGCGGGUUCUUAGACAAAAGCUGGAAAGCUUCAGCUAGUCCUCCCCAGGUUUCUCUUGGAUUGAUCAAUGUUUUGCACCUUUAGCUCCUUGAACUGUGCUUAUCGUAUGGACCCAAAGCCCCACUGAUCCGACAUAAGUGUUUUAUACGAGUAGUUGUUUACAACUUUACUAAACGAGCUGCUUAAAACUUUCACGAGAAAAAUGUUUGUUCAUGUGGAUAUCGGUAUACGAUCAAUGUAAAUUUUUGGUACGCUACAUACUCAACGAGCUGAACAA